AUGGCGCACCAAGCCCUCCCGCCGCGCCGCUGCCCAGGCGCCCAUCCCAUCCUGGCGCUGACAUCCUACAGGCGCAGGGUGUGGGCCACACCACUGCAGAGCGCCACGCCGGCCAUCCUUGCCCUCCAGGCUCCAGCUGAGGUGCAAUGGAAAAAAUUUCAAGAUUUUGGAGCUGAAAAUUUUUCGGGAAUGCCCUUGGGUCCAACUGGAGCAUUCAACCCUUACUGGGGCGGAGGAGUGCCAUUGCCAAUGGAUUACAUGGGUUAUCAACCAGGUGGUCCAUUUGACCCUUUUGGUGGGGGUGUUCUCCCACAAGAUCCAUUUAUGCCCCCAGGAUACAUGAUGCCAGGAGUUCCUAGCCUAGUAUCCAUGAACGGUCGUAUGGAUUUUACUUCUUUGAGUAACAGGGAUCUUUCUGAAUUGGCUGUUAACACUAUGGGACUAAACAUGGUCCCGCCAGUUGCGAGCAGAGAAGAAUUUGAUCCCAGGAAACCUGAACAUAGGAGGAGACGUGAAAUGGAUCGGUUCAAUGAAAGGUGA